UAACUGAGCCCAUGUUUCUUGCGCCUGUCGUUUCUUUUCUUUCCUUUUUUAUUUUUAUUUUUUUAUUUUUGGCGUGUGCCCUUAUUAAGACGCAUGACGCCCAAUUCGGACCAUUAAUAGUGCAUAUGCGCUGUGACACGCAGGGAAAAGCACACCAUGAGACAAAUACAGAUGUUCUCUUCCUCUCACUUCUGCAGACAAUCCCGGCUGCUGUUAAUUAAGACGAAUGUGCGCCGCGCCUCCGCAGAUAACGAGCGGCGCGAAAGGAUCACUGCACACACAGGGAGAAGAAGACUGCGGGCCAAAGCUCUGACUGUACCCGCAUUGCAUCACGGACACGACACCCGGUACCCCGCUGUCUUCCUCCCACCUCAACAGGCGCAGAUGAGGAGACUGUAGCAUCUUAUCGCAUAGUUUUGUAGACUCAUGCCGCCGCGCUCUCAGUCGCAGCCAGCCAACAGAUGUGCGCCGCUCCGGAGGCGCAAAGCCGGUGAUUUUUACGCGCCUUUCUGAUAACUUUGGCGCGGCAGUAUUUAUGGAUUGCGCAUCAGUGACAGGGCAGCCUCUGGGAAUUGCUAAUAUUUCUCCCUCAGUGGAGUUUUGUAUCACAACCGGGGGCCACAAUCUGCCGGAUCGCGUUAUAUUUUGUAAGUGAGCGCUGCAACCUGUAGCUGUGCGCCUCCUUUUUAUUCCGGUCAACAUUCCGCUGAAGCGCAAUGGAGGGACGCAGCUGACGCUUUUGAAUCCCCAUACUCGAAGAGGAGACUGGAAAAAAAGAGCAAAAAGCAGCCCAGAGGAAACAAUGUAUGGGCGUUACACCCAGGAGCUGGGGGUGUAUGCCAAGGAGGAGGCGGCCCGGCUACGAGACGGAGGUGUGCGGGACGGCGGUGGCCUGAGGAGGAACACCAGCGUUCGAAGCCGCACCGCAGACCUGCUGGAGUACGAGAAAGAUCCCUGUGCAAAGUGCCAGGUGUGUGCAUCUCGCUGCCAGAAGUUCCUGAUCUCACGGGUGGGAGAGGACUGGAUCUUCCUCAUUUUGCUGGGGCUGGUCAUGGCUUUGGUCAGCUGGGUCAUGGACUACGCCAUCGCCUUUUGCCAAGAAGCACAGAAAUGGAUGCAUGGUGGCCUGGACAGCAACCUGCUUCUGCAGUACAUUGCCUGGGUCUCCUACCCAGUGGUGCUCAUCACUUUCUCUGCAGGAUUCACUCAGAUCCUAGCGCCUCAGGCUGUUGGUUCAGGCAUUCCUGAGAUGAAAACAAUACUAAGAGGAGUUGUUCUCAAGGAGUAUCUGACUUUUAAGACCUUUGUGGCUAAAGUCAUCGGUCUGACCUGUGCUCUGGGAAGCGGGAUGCCUCUGGGGAAAGAGGGACCCUUCGUUCACGUGGCCAGUCUAUGUGCUGCUCUAUUGAGCAAAUUCAUGGCGGCGGUUUUCGGAGGGAUUUACAUGCUGAAGGAAGAGCCCUUUGAGGGAAGCAAGAAUGAGCUGAGGAACACGGAGAUGCUGUCGGCCGCCUGUGCUGUGGGUGUUGGUUGCUGUUUUGCUGCACCUAUUGGAGGUGUGCUGUUCAGUAUCGAAGUCACGUCAACGUUUUUUGCAGUCAGGAACUACUGGAGGGGCUUCUUUGCUGCCACCUUCAGUGCUUUCGUAUUCAGAUUGCUGACUGUCUCGAACCAGGAGGAAGAGACCAUCACUGCUCUCUUUAAGACACGCUUCCGUCUGGAUUUCCCUUUCGACCUUCAGGAGCUGCCGGCGUUCGCCAUCCUCGGGAUUGCUUGCGGGUUCGGGGGAGCUCUGUUUGUGUACCUUAAUCGACACAUUGUGGAGUGCAUGAGGAAGCAAAAGACCAUUAACAAGUUCCUGCUGAGGAAUCCGUCUCUUCCUGUCAGGCGGCUGGUGUACCCCGCCCUCGUCACCCUGCUGGUGUCCACGCUCACGUUUCCUCCUGGCUUCGGGCAGUUCAUGGCUGGACAGCUGACGCAGCACGAGUCUCUGGUUGCUCUGUUCGACAACCGCACCUGGUGUCGCCAGGGUGUAGCUGAGGAGUUUAACUACAUCAGCCACCAUCAUGCCUGGAAACACCCCCAGGUCAACAUCUUCAUCACGCUCAUCCUCUUCAUCGUCAUGAAGUUCUGGAUGUCUGCUGUUGCCACCACCAUGCCGGUCCCCUGUGGAGCCUUCAUGCCCGUCUUUCUUAUUGGUGCAGCAUUUGGCAGAUUAGUUGGUGAAGUCAUGGCAACCAUGUUCCCUGAUGGCAUCCACGGAGAUGUGUAUCCUAUAGUUCCCGGUGGUUACGCUGUUGUUGGGGCUGCAGCGCUCUCUGGUGCGGUCACUCACACUGUUUCCACAGCGGUCAUUGUGUUUGAGCUGACCGGUCAGAUCUCCCAUAUCUUGCCUGUGAUGAUCGCAGUGAUUCUGGCCAACGCUGUGGCACAAGCGCUCCAACCGUCCCUCUACGACUCCAUCAUUCGCAUCAAGAAGCUCCCAUAUCUACCAGAGCUGGGGAUGGGACAUCACGAGAAGUAUAACAUCCGUGUAGAGGACAUCAUGGUCCGAGAUGUGCGCUUCAUCACCUUGAAUUCUUCAUACAGAGACCUGCAGGAGAUGCUGCUUACUGGGCAUCUAAAAACCCUCGCCCUGGUUGAAUGUAGAGACUCCAUGAUCCUGCUGGGCUCCAUAGAGCGACUGCAGCUCCAGUCCCUCCUGUCUCUUCAGCUGAGCCGCCAGCGGAGGCUCGAGUACCUUCGUCAGCUGGCCCAGGACAACGGUGCUCACGAUCCCCUGCCCAGUCUGACCUCUGACAGCAGCCCCAGCUCCCCUUGCGCCCACGUUCACCUCAACACUCCCACCAACACCAGUGCUCGCCAAGUUGUCCGCUUCCUGGUGAGCACCCAGCAGAUCUCCACAGAGGAGUCUUCCUCCUUCAGCCCGGUGGCUUCCAAUGCUCAGCUACCUCUGAAAUCUGCCUUGAAAACCGUGUCGGCCAUCAGUGAUGCAGAGACGCCAAACAGCUCACAGACCCUCCCCUGUGCGGAUCCAGACAACGAUCUGCUGGAGAGUCCGGCCGGGCCGGCGUCUCCUGACAAAACAAAGCCCAAGCCCAAAGGAGUGAGGAUCUCCAUGGCGGAGUCUUCUGAGGUGGAAGAUUGCAUGACUCCCUCAGAGAUAGCCGAGUGGGAGGAUCAGCAGCUUGAUCAGCUGGUGGAUUUCAAGAACUGCAAGAUUGAUCCCGCCCCCUUCCAGCUGGUGGAGCAAACGUCUCUGCACAAGACUCACACUAUCUUCUCUCUGCUGGGCCUGGGUCACGCCUACGUGACCAGCAUGGGACGGCUAGUUGGAGUGGUUUCUCUCAAAGAGCUGCGUAAGGCCAUUGAGGGCUCGGUCACAGUGACUGGAGUGAAAGUACGCCCUCCUCUGGCCAGUUUCCGUGACAGUGGGAACAGCACAAGCGUAUCUGAGGUAACAGAACUACACAAGCUGUGCAUGCGUCACAGAGGGCUGUCCUUGCCACGGGAACCUAAGCCUCCGAACGCGGAGAAAAAGCUGGACCUUUCGUUCAAAGACGUCCCCGUCAGCUUUUCAGACAAGACUGAUUUGCAAUUUGAAAGCAGUGAUAACCAGUUGUCAGACCUCGUCCUUCAAGAAAGCCCCUCAUUCACCGAGGACCAAUCAGAGUUUACUUUUGACUGUAGCCCCUCUCACACUGAAGAGUCAGAGCUGGGCUGUGACCAUGACCCCGCUGACCCCACGCCAGCACCGGACGAGGUGGAACAAGAGCACAGGAGUCCAACUCUAAACACGGACCAAUCAGAACCUGGGGAAGAGGGUAGCACUGUCCACAUCCAGGACCAAUCAGAAUGCCAAUCUAAAGCUUAACUAGACUGUCGCCUCAUAAAUGUAUCUGUUUCUUAAAUUUGCAUCAGUCCAGCCUAGACACUUGUGUUUAUGACCCAGUGAUUUGAGCGAAUGUCUGUUGAUAGGGGAGGGUUGGUUUUAUUUUAUUUUAUUUAUUUUUUUGCCAUCAACAGAUCAUUUCUGAAAUACCAAAUAUUUCUGUAUUUUCAAAAAUGUCCACAUCAAGGUUUGUUUAUCGUUGGAAAACAAGGAUGGUCCCAGACUUGUGUUGCAGAAAGCCUCCUUUCCCCUUGUGUGCUGCUGAUAAAGUUUGUUAAUGAGAAGGUGUAAAGUCAGAAAGCUUAAAGCACAAGGCCCCCAAAUCACAGCUGAACAGCUAAACUGAAUUCUGCUGACCAAGUCACAGUGUGGAAAACUUGGCCUUAACAGGGAAGGAGACUGCUCUGACUAAAAAUAGGUGUGAAGUGUCUAUUUAGGAGUAUUUGCAUUGUUGCAGGGGAGCAACGUUGAGUUGGUAGAGAAACUCAACAAACAAGGACUAGUUAGUGCCCAGAUUGGCUCUUGACAUUGAUCAGAGUUCCUUCUGAAGCAGCUGGUUACUCGUGAGAUGAACAAACCCCUGAUCACAAAAAGAGCCUCUAUAUCACAGUUGUGGAUGAAACGGAUAGCUGUUUCAUGAUUAUACUAAAGAUUUCAGGUGUAAUCUUUUGCUGAAGCAAUUGGCGCUAGUCAUGUGAUUGGUUAAAAUAAGUUCUAUUGAUGGAGAGUAAACAAAGGGAUGUCUGCUAAGGCAGCUGAGUGACUUGUUGGCAAGUAGCAAUAUGUAAUCAAUGCACAGUUCCUGGCACAAAUAUUACCCCCUAAACUUAUUCUUACUUUACUAUUUGUCACAUCACAACUACACACUUCAAUGUAUUUUAUUGGGAUUUUAAGAGGAACUAUUUUAAAAAAUUAAUUUAUGAAUGAAAUGUUUGAAAUGUAACAUCUGCCCAUGAUGGUGCUAUACAACACUAGCUUUGCAUAUAAACCAGAAAGAUAAGUUUUGCUCUAAUCUGACCAGAGGACCUUAUUGCCUCCUAUGGUGGCAAUUCAAAAUUGCAAAUUAAACAUUUGUUGGAUUUUUUUUUUUUUUCUACUAAUAAUUGCUUUUUCCCUGAGGUGUUUGCAGCAUGGCUGUAUCCUCAGUGUUCAAAAUAAAUGAAACACACCUGGACUCUAUUUUCUAACCAGGAGGCAAUUGGUCACAAAUUAUUGUAUUUAGAGAAAUGGGUUGAUUAGACCACACACAUUUUCAUAUUUUUGUAUCUUUUCCCUUUCAGUUCACAAUUAUGUAUUACUCUAUACUGGUGUCUUAAAAUCCCAUUAAAAUCUAUUAAUGUUUUUAAUGGGAACAUUAAAAACAUUAAUGUUUUUAAUGUUCCUUAAAAACAUUGUUUGUUACUUUUUGUAACAAACAAAAAGUGUUAUUAGUGAUUGAUGAGAGUGCAUGUGUCCUAUUUUACAAAGACAUAAAUAAAAAAAUGUGUUUGGUUCUUUUCUGGUCUAAAAAUCCGAUAAAUACAACAUCAGGUGAGAAACGGCUCAUAGCACAUUACAUAUUGUCAGAACUCAGAACCACUGUGUGAAUAAUAUAUCCACCAUUAUUCAGUGAGCACUAAAUUUAACAGCAGUACCUUACAGUAAUUGUCUUUUCUGUGACCCUCACUCAUUAUAAUUUGCAGGCAGUAGUUCAUGCUCAGCUUCCAGAGCAUUUUGUUCAGGUUGAGGUCUGAAAUUACUGAGUACUAUUUUACAUUUUAAACAGUGUGCUAAGAUUUUGGUGCAGCUUUCUGAUGUGGAUUUUCAAGAAUCAGUGUUCUAUUAGGUGAAAUAUUAACUCGGUGACAGAUAGUGUCAUAUACUUUAACUUAGUUGUAUUAUGGUUCUCUGCCCAGGGUGGAAUUGUCUGGGGGGUGUCAUAUGCCUAUGGUUCUGGGCUAAACAAGCCCACUCGUCCCUCCUCCAACGCCGUGCCUCAUAGUUGCAGUGAGAUGUUUGCUGGGCUUGAUUGAUUUUACUAAAAAUGGUUUUUGCAUUAUAACAAAACAUAGGUGGCCUUAUUAAUGUAUUGUUCCAUAAGUCUUAUGGUUUGUUUAAAUGCAGGAAUCGCAAGAGGUUGACUCAUUUUGAAUUGUUUAAGAAACAUUUAUUUAUUUAUUUUACAAAAUGUAUUUGUCAAUUUGUUUGUGUUGGUAUUCAACACAAGAAUACACACAACCUGCAACUUCCCCAAACUUCUGCUUUAAUCGGACAGUCACCUUAACUACUCUUUAGGUAAUCAGGCACGUGUGAUAAGAAGCAACAUGCUGUUACUCAGCAUUUGCAUUUAUAUAAAGCAGCAAUAUUUUUCCUGGUUUCUCACACAGUGUUUCUGCAUUUAAGCUGUGUAGAUAUUAAUUUAUGACACUAUAAGAUGUUAUGAGCCAUUACAUUUGAGCUGAGGCUAUUCACUGAAUUUUAAGACCUGUUAAAGACUAAGCGAUGCUUUUUUAUGUCCUCCUAACACAAAAACUAGAUAAUGUCCACAGCAUUUUCAGGAAAUGUUACUUAAUUGAUAAUAUGUGGUAAAUGUGCAGACAAAAAUGUGCCUAUUUAGAUCUAAGCAUCCAUGGUUACUAUAGUUACGUCUGUUCCACGAGCACAUGAAGCCCCAUUGUCUAAUUUUAGAGAACUUUGCUGUUUAAGUCUUUCAAAGGGGAUUUGUUGACGUUAAGAUAUAACAACACCAGCUUUACAGUUUUAUAUUGGUGUGUGCGUGUGUGUGUGUGUGUGUGUUUUAGACGUCUGCAUGUGUGAGCAACCAAAAACGUUCCAUAAUUAAAUCUGGUCCAGUCUCCAACAUUUAAUUUGCCAAAACAAGAUCCUGUUGAGUUGAAGCCAACAAAAAGUACAUGAAAUUAUUGGCUCCUGUGCAAAUAAUGUUGGCUAAAAACUGAAAAGAACAAAUAUUACUGAAAGCACAGAAUGACAAGGGAAUUACUGACAUAAGCACAUGAUGGUAUUGAUACAAACUACCUAUGUAAGAGCAAUGCACAAAUCUGAGAGCCUCUGUCGAUGACUAAUAAUAAGAUGUGUUGUUGGUUUAUGUGUCAAAUGAAAUGCAAUACAUUCAUGUUAUUAAUAAAGCAAAGAGAAAUUGCAGACUGUAUUAUUUAAGGUA